CUACUUCAAUGGUCACAACAACAUGGUAUUGUGUGGAAUGAUGGUUAUAUGGAGAUACACGACUUUGAACAUGGUGGAAGAGGUGUACGCGCGAGAUGUAACAUUCCAGCUGGUACCAUGUUGGUCUCUGUGCCCGAACCAAUGCUGAUGCACAUCAACUCCACUCUCUCAAUCGAUACUACAAAGAGAAUGACAAAUGUACAGAGAUUGGUGUUUCAAUUGAUUGUUGAACGAUUGUUGGGCGAUAGGUCACGAUGGUAUAGAUAUCUGGUGUCGAUACCAGAGCGCUAUGAUACAUCUUCAAUGUACACAGACAAUGAGAUUGAUAACUUGCAAUACUCAUACUAUAUGGACGAAGCCAAGCGACACAAGAAGGAGAUGAUGGUCUCCUAUGAUCAAUUCAAAUGUAAACAACUUGAUGAUCACUACAAUAUCAAUGAGAUCAGAGAAGGCCUAGCCGACUUUGGCUUGUUCAAAUGGGCAUGGGGAGUCAUUCAAACAAGAACAUAUUACUUCAACAACAUCAGUGGCAGUCAGACCGCCGCUGCCAACAAGAAGACUGUGGCGCUAUCAGACGAGGCAUCUGCUCAUGACAAUGCAUGCUUGGUACCCAUGGCAGACUUGUUCAAUCAUUCAUCGACAGUGUCAACACGUGCAUCAUAUAAUAGUGCACAGAGAUGUUAUCAAGUGUUCACAGAGACAUCGUUCAAUCAAGGUGAUCAAGUGUUGAUAUCAUAUGGCAAUCAUUCCAACUCCACUCUACUUCACUUUUAUGGCUUCAUCAUUGAUGACAAUCCACAAGACUCAAUCAUUAUCCCAAGUGAUCAGGCAUUGCCACUUCCAUCAUCAACAUCAAACAUCAAGCCACUCACGACCAAAGAGCAACGCGAACUCGAUCGACUUACCGAGAGGAAGGAGCAAUUAUUAUCAAUGAAUGGACUGUCAAUGCAAGGGUAUGAUUGGCUGUUGCCAUUCACAUGGAAUUACUUGGCAGUACUGCGAGUGUACUUUAUGAGCAAGUCAGAGAUGGAUGAAGAGAAGCAUCUCAAUCUAUUCUACAACGAUGAGCCUAUUAGCGAAAAGAAUGAUCAUUUGGUUGGAUCAUUCUUGUUGGAAUUGUGCAAUAAUCAUUUGGCAAAGCUGCGGACAUCUUCGAAUAAUGAUGGUGAUGAUAAUAAUGCACAAGAUGUUCGUCCUCAGAUACAACAGCAGAAUUCAUUACUACUUGACAAUGCCAGACGACUUUGGACAAAUGCCAGAUCCUUCACCAAUGAUCACCUGAUCAAACUGUCCACACGACCUACAUCAAAGAUGACCAAGUCGAAAAAAUCACAGGCAGCGAAGGCC